ACAUGACCGAUGGUCUAUCGUCAUCGCCCAUUUUCUGUCGUUUUAUGACAAUUCUGGGCUAAAUACUUACUUUUAGUCCGCAAACGUCCACUAGCUUUAGUAAUAAGCCUUCAAAAUGGCGUUUAGCUUAGUGUUCACGUUGUUAGCCCUUAGCGCGGUAAGUUACGCGACCAAUGUGCCAGUGUACCUAUGGGGCGAUCUGGCCAAGACUUCGCUGAAAGCCAGCCCCUUAUACACCGUGGAACCCGAAGAAUUCAGUGGUAUUCUGAACGAGGAGCUGUCCAGGGACCCUUUCACGGUGAUAUUCAUCGAAGAAACGUUGUCUGUUGAAGAUUUUUCACGUAAGAACGCGGAAGGUAAAACGUCGUUCCCAUAUCUGAGGGCCAACAUUCGUAACUCUGCUUAUUUGCCGUCAGUGGAGAACGCACUGGGCGCGCUGAACAAACUCGCCGAUCCCGAAAAAGUGAAUCACGUGAAGUUGACUGAGAAUGGUCUAUCGGCUGAAAUUGAGCCAGAAAGUGGAAAAUUCUUGUUUAUCAACCUUAAGGAUGCUAAGGAAGGUGAAUCGCGUUUCGAUCUGCUUCGCCGCCACAAUGACUUCAUGGAAGAUAUGUUCAGCAAGCUCCAGGAGCGUUAUGAGACUGUUGUGGCUAUUUACACCGCUCACUUCCCGUCCUGGACUGUCAGCCACUCGCGCGUCCGUCGCCAGGCUGCGAACAAUGAGACCCAGAGCGAUAGCUCAACCUUGAUGUUCGACGGCCUGCUCCUGGCCUACAAAAGCGUUAGGCUUAUUGAUGAUAACGCUGAGACCGUGUUGACGGCCAUAACUGGGUCUUCCGUCAUUGAUGCCAAUGCAACGGUGCCAACACAGAACUCAACCCUUACUUCGGGAGAGAACAAAAUUGUGCUGUACUUCACACAGGAGCCAGGAUAUUGGAUUUUGCAAAAAGCCUCCUGGUCCAACAGCACUGAGUCCAAGGACCUGACUCCGUCCCAGGACCUGACGGUGCCGUUUGGCUUCAGCUACCGAUGCGCGCAAAAUGUCUCCUUUUCGCAUGUUAACGACUCCAGGCAUUUCACCCUGACCUUCACCGACCUGAAGAUCCAACCAUUCUUCAUCAACAACUCAACCGGCCUGACCUUCGGAGACUCUCUCAACUGUGUUGGUUUCUUCAGUGCUCCCAUCUGGGCCUCCCUCUUCGUCACUUUCAUUCUGCUCUUCAUCAUGUUCUUCGGUAUAAUGAUGAUGAUGGACAUUCGCACCAUGGACCGAUUUGAUGACCCGAAAGGCAAGACCAUCACUAUCAAUGCUGCUGAGUAAGUUAUUGACCGGGUUUGAGACAAUCAUACAUUUUUUUUUAGAAUUUUGUUCUUAACUCCAUUUUUUUAAGGACAUUUAUUAGUAGUUUAAGUAUUAAAUCGCGAUUUAUUUGAAUGUAUGUACUGAGUUUUUUAAACAGCAUUUUUGUGUGUUAGUAUUCAACCGGCCUAAUGAAUCAAAAAAUUGUCUUAAACCCAUAGUGUAAGCAUACUAAAGAGUUAAGUAUAACCUCUAUAGAGCUCAAAAAAUUUCCAACUAUUUAUUAUAACUCGUUGAAAAAUAUAUGGCUAAAUUCGUGCAGUUCUUUAUGAUAAGAAGAUAGCCUAGUUCCUAGUAAAAUACGGAUAUGUAUGAAAAUUGGUGCCUCUUUCACAAUACUAGUGUUAACAUAUUUCUAACGCUUUUAAAUUCGACGAAAUAUAUUCAGUAUUGCUUAAAUUAUUUAGCUUGUGUUGGGUAUAGCGUGUUAUAUUAAAACUGUUUAUAUAAAUAAAAUAAAAGUAUGUCCAGAUUGUACCUACAUUCUGUCAAACACCUCAAUCGGUGUAAAAAAUUAGGGCUGCCUCCUUAUAUUUCAUCUUUGAUUAACGAUGAAAUCUAUAACCUGUUGUAUGUAUUUUUAUUUAUUUUCACGCCUGUGACUACAGUUUACAAGUGCCCAAAGUCAACCAAUUAAGUCAUGUCUCAUUUUGAAUUUUUUUUUGUAAACCAGUAAAAUAUAGAUUUAAAACCGAUCAUGUGCCUACGAUCUACAUAAUUAUAGUAGUUUAUAAAAUUAGGUACAUGUUUGAAAGCAAAAAAUCUAAUUUAAUUUU